CCCAAGAAGAGGCGGAAACACAAGGCCAAGGAGAUGCGGAAGUCACUUCCGAGAAGGCUGGAGAGGGUGCUGGCGACAUAGUCGUUUUUCCGAAGAACUUCGGAGAUCCGGCGGACACCACUUCCACCCCCAAGGCGUAUGCCACCAAGUUUUUUAACAAGCUGACUGAGGCGGAGAAGUGGGAACUUGAACAAGACCUGCUCAACGCCAUGCUGAACAACGCCUGGGGGAAGCCGGAUUCCAGGACAUCGGAGAUUCAGGACUUCAAGAAAAACAUUGGCCAGUUCUGCGAUCAACUUAUCUGCAAGCAAAAGGAACAGCAGGCGCUGCACUACGAGCUGCACAAGAACAUUGCCCUGCAGCGCCGCGUUACUCUGAGUCAGGCGGAAAAUAUCCGGACCCUGAAGGAUGAGAAUGCGGAACUGGCUAAACAACUGGCAGACGCCCAAGGCGCAUCCUCCUCCCUUGCAACAGCUUCGACUGAACUUGAGAACCUGCGCUCCUCGUACCAAGAAUUGGAGACGAAGCUAAAGGAGGCGGAACUUAAGAGGGAGCAGGCCGAAAAGCAGCUGGCGGAGAAAAACUCCGAGCAUAUCAGGGAGAAGGGCGAGCUGGAGCUGAAAAAGAAUGCUGACAGCGAGACCAUCAGGAGGCAGCAAAAGGAGCUCAACGGACUCCGGAAAUUCAUGGAGACAGCGGAGCAGCACUGGGACUUGCUCAAUGAGAACAUCUUGGAGCCGCUUGGGUACCCGGAACAGCGCCGGAAUUUGUUCCCACGAGACGAUCUUCUGCAACUCGCGGGUGAUGACUGCAAGGAUCUCAUCUCCGCCUCCCGCAAAAUAUGCCAUAAUUUGAACAUCAAAAGGAGCCGCACUUGUGACGUGCGCAAGCUUAUUGGUAAGAUGGACGUUCUGCGGAGCUGGUGA